UCCCCACGCCGCUCGUUCGGCGUUACGCGAUUGGUUGGGCUCCCACUCGGCGACUCGGCGCCCAGCUGAGGGGCGGCAGUCCCCCUCGGAGCUGGCGGAGGAAACUCUAUGGAAGUUGGGGGUAAACAUACACUGAGCUCCAAAGAAUAAGGACUUACAGAUUUUGCUGAGCAGAAUUAUUCAAUCUGCACAUUUAAGCAGGUUACUGUUUCCUUUCUCAUUUGUUGCUGGCACCUUUAGGCCCAGCUACACUAUGGAUAGAUGAUCCUGGCCCUGCUCCGCCAUGCUGCAGGUGCGUGGCCGCUACCUGCUGCUCUUCCUGGGAGUACAGCUGGUGGUGAUGGCCCUGCUGUACCGCGAGGGCUACCGGAAACGUGUUGCCUAUUUCCUAGGCAUUUUCUACAAAGGGGGCACAUUGACAAUGUUGGCCAGCUUACACAAUGCCUCGCUCCCAGGGGAUGUCUAUGCCAACCUCAGCUUGAUUGCCCGACCCCCUCUGCCCCCGGAUGACCUUCCUUACUGUCCAGAGGUGUCUCCUUUCCUUGGAGGCCCCAUUCGGGUGUCCUUUCCUCCAGGCCUGACACUGGAAGACAUUGUGCGGAAGAAUCCUUAUGUGAGCAAAGGGGGUCGCUACCGGCCCCCAGACUGUGAUUCCACCCAUAAAACAGCUGUGAUCAUUCCCCAUCGCAAUCGGGAGCAGCACUUGAAGUAUCUGCUCUACUACCUGCAUCCGUUUUUACAAAGGCAGCAGCUUAGCUAUGGCAUCUACAUCAUCCAUCAGGCCGAGAACUACAUUUUUAAUAGAGCCAAACUCUUGAAUGUGGGCUUUAAGGAGGCUAUGAAGGAUGAGGACUGGGACUGUAUUUUCUUCCAUGAUGUGGACCUUAUCCCUGAAGAUGAUCGCAACAUGUAUACCUGUGACCGGUUUCCUAAACAUGUGGCUGUUGCUAUGGACAAGUUUGGCUACAAGCUUCCCUACAAGUCCUACUUUGGAGGUGUUGCAGCACUCAGUCCAGAGCAAUAUAUGAAGAUGAAUGGCUUUCCCAACAACUACUGGGGCUGGGGCGGUGAAGAUGACGACAUUGCAGUCCGGGUGGCGUUGAGUGGGAUGGUGAUCUCCCGCCCAUCUGUUCAGCAUGGCCGUUACCGUAUGAUCAAACAUGGACACGACAAGGGCAAUGAGCAGAACCCCAAAAGAUUUAACUUGCUGGCCAAGACAAGGAGAACGUGGAAACAGGAUGGCAUGAACACAUUGGAAUACCAGCUGCUUUCCAAGGAAUUGCAUCCUCUCUACACAAAUAUCACUGUCUUCAUUGGCACUGAGAAGGGAAUGCAACGGUCCACGUGAGGCACUUGCUUCGGAGUGGCAUGGAACAAGAGCCUCCCUCUUGACAUUGCUCCUGGACUGAGAAAACCAAAGAAUCCAGAAAGGGAUGUCUAGCCCUGAGCACUGCCGUUGUGUCAUGGGGAGACUGCAGUGGCCAGCAACAUGCCAGGGUAGUUGUUCAGUGGGAACUUUAUACACACUUUCCUUCCACUGCCCCCAGCAGUUUUAUCUUGGGUGGUAGUGGAGCCUGACUUUUGGGGACUUAGCUUGUGAGAUGCCUUUCAUACCUUGGUUAAAGGAGCAGCACAGUGAGACUGACCUUUGCAGUCUGAACCUCCCCUGUUGCUGCACCAUGGUUUUUCUUAUUAAAGUGCAAUUUAUUUUACAA